AUGAAAAAAUCUUCAGUUGAAACUAUUACAACAAAGAAAAUCGUUGAAAAUAAUCAAGAACAAGAAAAAGAAGAAGGAGUAGAAAAAACGAAUGAACAAUUUCGUUCGUUUUCUUUAUUAGAAGAAGAAAAGAAAGAUUCAAAUCAAAUAAUUAAUAAAAGUACAAAAUUGUCAAAGAAAAUUACUGAUCAAGACUUAAUUUUAAAAGAAAAUGAAGAAAGAAAAAUUGAAUCACCUGUAGUAGAUACUGCUAAUCUUUGUCGAUAUUGUCAUAAAGAUAUUCCACCACAGAAUCGUCAAUUACAUGAAAUAUAUUGUCAACGUGUCAAUCCAUUAUCUUCAGUAGCUAUUUCAACUAAUGAAACCUCUGGAACCGAAUCUUCAAAAUUAAAUAUUGCUCCAGAACGUUCUAAAACGGUUAAGAAAAAAGAAAAUAAAUUAGCAUCAAUGAAUGCUGAAGUGCCUAUUGAUGAUUUAUUGGAAGCAGCUCGUCAACAAGAUAAUAUUUGCAAUGCACAUCGAUGUAAAGUAAAAAUAACUUUAUUAGGACAACUUUGUUCAUAUUGUAAUCGUCGUUAUUGUUUUGAACAUUCAAUGCCUGAAGUACAUGGUUGUGGUCAUCAAGCACGUACAGAUAUUAGACAAACACAUAUUUCAACACAUGCAAAUACCAAACCUGUUUAUGAAAAUUCACCAAUAAACAAAGAAAAGAGACCAUAUUUAGAAAGAAAACUGCAAGAUAAAAUUGCAUCAAAAGAAAAUCAAAGAAAGAAAAAAUAA